GGAGGAGCUGCAGGAGGGAGAAGGGAAGCGCCUCCUAGCUUGGUUCCUGGAAAGCGCUCUCCGGAUGGAUUCCCAGUAGAAGAAACCGGCGGCGGUGCAGUCCGGAGCGCGGCCUGAGGCCUGUGCGCUCGGCGAGGUCGAAGCGUCGGCGAGGGCGGCGUUGCUGGCGAGGAGGGUGUUCCCAGCGAGAGGCCCAGACCGGCGUCGGGUCGGCUUCGGCCGAAGUCGUCGUUUGAACGCUCGAGCUGAGCGGUAGGCGCAGUGCCCGGGCUCCCGCAAGUCGCCACUGAGAACCUCGCACCACACUACUUGCUCGCCGGCGACCUCCGGCCUGUUCCCUCUUCUCGUGCGGCAACCCGUCGUUCAGUGCCAUCGGUGCGGUUUCUUUUUUGCAUCAACUCGUGUGAAGUGUUGUGCGCGCACCAUCCCAACUGAGGAGAGAGAGAGAGGUGGAGGAUUUUCGGCUUUCCCGUGUAGGGGUCCUAAUCGCGAAGCACUUGUGGCGUUUAAAUCCCUUCCUCUUUUUUUUUUCUUUUCUUUAAUUUCUUCGGCAAAACUGACGACCCUGGAUUAUCGAUUGGAAAGGACGAGGCAAGGCCGCCAUACGUCCUAGCCGUCAGCGGGCCUUCGACCAACCUUCGGCUGCUGUGGAUAUUGGCAUGUGUCGUGUGAACGGAGCGGUCCAACAGGCACCGCGGUAACUCUGGAUUCCACCACGGACUGUUGCUCCCUGCCUCAGUCACCAUCAUGGAUGGUGGUCGGUGGCCGGACGGCGAUCGCCGCGCCCGUGUCCUGCGCCGCGAGCUGCGCCUCGCCCUGCUGCUGCUGCUGCUGCCCUGACCUGGUGUGGUCGCCGCUGUCCGGCGGCGGCAUGUGGUCGGCUCAACUUCGGUCGCCGCCGCCGCACGCCGCCGCGUCGUUGCCGCCCCAGUCGGCCACCGCGCACGGCUGUGCGGCGCUGCCCGACAAGCAGGCGCUCUUCCUGGUCGCCUUCCCGAUCUGUGCCUCCUCCAACGGCACCUCCCACGCGUCCCCCCAACUCCACCCAGCGGCGGCGACGACGACGACGUCGCCCUGCUGCUGCCGGUGCUGCUGCAAGUCCAGCUGGAGCGCCAAGCCGGCCUCGACGACCACGGCGCCCUGCUGGACCGCGCAGCAGGACGCCUCCUCGCCCGCCGGAAGGAACGCCUUCCUGCCGCCCAGGGAGGAAGAAGGGAAGCCUUCUUCCGGCCUCCUGGAAGACCGCCUCAUGGAAGCCCCCCCGCCGCCGCCGUCCCCUCCUCCUCCCCCUACGAACGCUCAGCAGCAGCGCUACGGCAACCAGCCCCCCCACCUGUCCCCACCUCCCGGUGCACCAGCGGGCGCGGCGAGCGACGUCGACCUCAGCCGCGUCCGGGACGCCCUGCGGACGCUUCGCACCAGCGGCUACUACUACGAGGGCCUGUCCUGGGAGGAGGCCGGCCGGCACCUGCGCGGCCGGCCCGUGGGCACCUUCCUGGUGCGCGACAGCUCGGACAACCGGUUCCUCUUCGCCCUGAGCGUGCAGACGGAGCGGGGCCCGACCAGCGUGCGCAUCCACUACUGGCGCGGCCAGUUCCGGCUGGACUGCGAGGACGCGCUGGCGGGCAGCAUGCCGUGGUUCUCGUGCGUCGUGUCGCUCGUGGAGCACUACGUGCGGCUCAGCCGCUCGGCCAAGGGACAGAUGUGCGUGUGGCUGGACGGUCACGGCCGCCGGGACUUGCCCAUCGUGCUGACGAGGCCGCUGUACCGGGAGCCCGCGUCGCUCCAGCACCUGUGCCGCAUCGCGCUCAACCGGAGCGCGGUGACCGCGGUGACCGCGGCGUCCUCCGAGUGCAGGGACGUGGAGCCGCUUCCGGCGGCGCUAAAGGACUACCUCAGGGACUACCCCCACCUACACUGACCAAAGCGUUACAUGAGCCCCCUCCCCCACCUCUCCUCCCGUGUUACAUUUUUCUUUUUGGCGGGGUUUGCGAAUUCUUCCUCCAAAACCCCCGGGACACCCUUGUGUGGCCCUGUUCUGGUCCGGCGGCGGCAGUGGUGGUGGGGGUGCGAGGAUUGUGCUUUUCUUUCACCGUGACUGGGCCCCACCCACGAGUCGCAGUUCCUACACAGUGUCGUGAAGAAAUUAGCCAGCUUGUAGAGUCACUGGAUGAUGACUUCAGCGCAGCGCCUUGCUGUUAGCUUUCUUUCUGUUCUGCUUCCGCAUUUUUUCUUUAAUAUAUAGUGCUGCUUACGGUCACCAAGUACAAAAGUAACAAAACAAACAAACAAACAAUGUAAUCAGACUUGGCAGAGCACAGACUUCCUGUUGAAAGCCUGUCGUCGCGCCUUGUCCUAUUCGAUUCUUCACGUGGUUGUUCUUUGUACCUGCUGUCCGAUCAUGAACCGAACGUUCGAGUUCUUUGGGUCGCUGUUUCAAAUGUUUCGUGCUGUUUCAUCAAACUGUUUCACACGGAUGAGUGAAAAAUACGGCCUUGAGAUAAAAUCUGCACAACAGUAUUUAGCUUCACAAUUAGCACAAUAUUUUUUAAUGGCUUUAGCAAAAUCGUUCGGUCAUGUGAGCCGUGUGGCUCACUAGGUAUUUCAGUAGCAGCGGCUGUAAAGUCUCACCUCAGUUUCUAAUUACCCUCAAGCUCAAGACGUCUGUCUAUAUCGGUGCUCUUUCGAUAGGGAAACCGAUCGAUGUGGUGCUAAGAAUACCCAACGUACCAGGUUAUACAGCAGGGUUUUACGGAACCUGCUCUAAUGUCCACGCAUCGCCUUGAAAUGCUUUUACCGUUUCAGGCUGUUUUCACUCGGGUCUCUUGCGUGCCUUUGCGGAAGCUUCAAUUUUGGCAGCGUUCUCCUUGCAGUUUAUUAUUGCACUAGCGAGGAAAACAAGCUUUAUUUUUUUGUUUUCGGUUCAGCCGUGCGGUUAAUGCUUGCGUCCGGUUGUAGCCGUUGGUGCAUUGAAUAUUUCCGGUGCCAGAUGAUGAUAAAGUGUGUACGAGGCUGUCGUGUAUAUGUGUUACCCCUGAAUUUUGGCCGAAGGCCGUUGGCAUUUUUUAAAAAUAUUAUUACUGAACCUCGACUUGCGUCUGUACCAUGUCAAAAAGUGCAUGCUUACGACAUUUUGGAAGUGUCUGUGGAAAGCAGCUCCAUUUUCUUUUGGAAUUCUCGCACUGGCUUGCUUUCUGCGGGAUUGAAAAUUGGGCUUUUCGGUGUAUCUGUCUGGGCAGCUGUCUUUUGUAUAUUCACGGAUAUCAAUAGAAAAAAAAUGAGUGCGCGAGAUUAAAAUGUAUUCCUUUUGAAGGGAGCCACAAUAUCGUCUGCUUUGAAAUGGAUGCCGCUGUGUCGCUCGUAAUCAGCGUUGAGAAAUGAAAUUUGAAAGUGGAAACGGGUACAGUAUAUAUAAGGAGCACGCUUAACAUUCUUAAGUUGCUCGCUAGUGCUAGCGUUUUCUUAUGCGAGCAAUAUUUUUAUAGCGUUACGCAUCGCUGAUCCUCGUCAGACGUAUAAACCGUCUGCCUGCGUUGUCACAGAAAACGAUGGCAUUCAAGCGUUCAAACGAUGGCAUUCAAGCGUUCAUCGAAGCCAAAUGCAUGUCGCAGACGUGUCGGGUUUCCGAGUUGCAGACGAUUUUGUGGCACUCCGAGUAGCAGACGACCUUCUGGCCUCCCGAGUAGCAGAUGAUUUUUGCGCCGUAGCGAGUAACCGAGAUAUUUUAUGCUGUAAGCAAAGGUGUACCACAGCUCAUUAAUCGCAUCAGUUGCACAACUUUCCUCGAAAGUCUCCUGUGACUAUUUUUUUUUUGAGACAAGUACAUCGCCGAUGAGUCGAAAACCAAAUUGAGCGUGCCACUGCUCGGGUACGUUCUAGUUCACCUCGCCUGCCGCCAGGUUGGGCGACAAAUUACAAAAAUCCGACCCACUCUCUUUAGGUGUACCCCUGUUUCUGAAACGCAGAGUCGAUUAAGAGUUUCGCAACUGGCGUGGUUAGAGCGCUUUUUCAUGCACAAAUGUUAGUCGGGAAAAAAAAAUUGUGUGCGACUCGUGACCGAUCGCAUGAUUGUGAACUGUUGGUUCUUUUAAAAGGCGCGUCGGCUUUUAUCCAGUGACUCUACGAGCAUACAAAGAAGAAACCGCGUUUUACUGUUCAGGUGCCUUCUGGGACCAAGAUGGCGGCUAUGUCUGUCUGUGUGUGUCGUACGCGCGCUACCGCCAUCUGUCGGGUAACCCGCACACCUCUUCCCGGCGUCCCAAGUGUUCACAAGAAGGGGAAAACGAAUGUGUCGGCGGUUUCCACGAUUGUGCGGUGUUGUGACGCUUUUCAUACCUGUCAUCUUUUUUUUUUUUUUUGCUUCUCGAGAAUGCGUCGCUGCCUUAUUCGCGGCCGCGCGGUAUUUUUGUACAAGCGGCCCGUAUCUUCCUCGUGAAGUCGUAAAUUUGUGCGCGGGCCAAGCCGCUGCGGGUGACGCGUAAGAACGCGUCGCUCAAAAGAGCCCACGAGCGCGGCUUUUGUGAAAGUACAGAGGCUAGAAACCUUCUAGCCUCUAUAGUGAAAGCGAGCAAGGUUCGUGGCGUGCCGUCGUUUUGGCCGGGAAGCUAUGAUUUGUGGCGAGGAUAGGCGUCGCUCUUUCGUGUCGCUCCUGCAAUAUCCGGUCGUCUUGCAGAAGUUAACCCGACAUCUGCGCCCUCUGCCAGCGGAGUGUGUUAUCGAUUGAAUUGAUUGAUUGAUUGAUUGAUUGAUUGAAACUUUUAUUAGAAGGGAUGGCCCGUGGCCUAAGAUAGAUCAAAUUACCUGUUUGUUAGCUUGCCGAGCUGCCCACAGGUGACGCGACUGGAAGUGAACCUAAGGAAAAAAAAACAAUGGAGCCAAUUUGUUGUGUCAAUUCAAAAAGUAAUAAUAAUAAUAACAUUUGGGGUUUUACGUGCCAAAACCACUUUCUGAUUAUGAGGCACGCCGUAGUGGAGGACUCCGGGAAUUUCGACCACCUGGGGUUCUUUAACGUGCACCUAAAUCUAAGCACACGGGUGUUUUCGCAUUUCGCCCCCAUCGAAAUGCGGCCGCCGUGGCCGGGAUUCGAUCCCGCGACCUCGUGCUCAGCAGCCCAACACCAUGUCAAUUCAAAAAGUGGAAUUGGUGAGCAGCUUCACUAAAUGUCUGAGUCGCCGACUUGAAAGUUACCUCGAUAGCCGAGUACGUUAACGUUAAAAGAACUUGCUAGAGGCGUCAGCCUUCAAUACGGCGAAGAAAAACGUAUAUAUACAUGGACGAGAAAAUUAUUUAUUGUUUCGCAAGGCAUUCCCUAAGACAUGAAAAUAUGCAAUGCAUUUCCCUGAACACGUGAAGCAACGGACAGAAGAAAAAAAAAUCCAUAAUGCAAGACUGGUUCUUUAGCAGACGAGGCUAGGUGUAGGCUGUUGCAGACGACACUCUGUGUCGUUCGUAGCAGACGACGCGUGACGAACAUCUGCUACAUCUAUAUUUCGUCACUUCGCGCGGCGUGUGUCGUAGGUGCCUCUUUUCUCGUCCUUGUGGCUUGCGCUACACGGCGCACCGCGACGUUUUAACACAGUCACGAUGUUUUUUUGAAAUCUAGUUCACUUUCAAAGAUAAAUCAUGUUUGCAGUAUUAGGAAUGUCAUCUCGGCAUGGUCGUAUUCCUUCCGCGGCCACCCCAAUCCUCGGUCCGCAAAUACUUCUGCACGCUGUCGGUUUAUUAGCAAUGCCUCGGGAUAAAAAAGAAAGAAAAAAAAAACAACUUCCAACGCCAAAACGUGCACGCCACUGCUUGCUAGAGAAAGCUUGUUCUACCUUAACAAAUCGAAAAGUGCUGAAUGUUGUGCAAGGCCCCGAAACUAUUACGCGUGCGCGCGUGUGUAUGUGUGUGUGUGUAUCGUAAUGUGUGUCUGCACGUGUGUAUGCAACUGAAUGUACAGUGUGUCGGUGUAUACGAUGUCUAUCUCUCCCGAGAAAUGGUGCAGCUGUUCAUUGUAAAUAGUGUAACAUAGCCACCGUAAUAUAUGAAUAAGAAAAAUGAAAAGAAUUACCGCAAAUAUGACGAAGACAAGAAACAAUAAAUUUGUCUCUGGUAUUUCCUACGAAA